UUGUUUUUGGGCAAGUUGAGAAAAAAUAAAGUUACAGUAAUUCUUCUUUAUCUACGUAUAUAUGGAAAGAUCCUCCUCCUCUGUUCUUUCCUUACGUAUAAAGAGGGGACUCUGUUUUUUUAAUUGUUUUCUUUUGUUUUGAAUCCAGAUCCUUAUUAUUCUCUCCUCUCCUCGGGCCUUUUGCUUUCGAUCUGAUUGAUUCAUGGCAACGACUCCUCCAUCACACCCCACAGAUCUUAUUACUUCAGAGGAGCAACCUGUUAAUCUGGACAUCAUGAAGGAGCAGACUGUCCCGGCAAACAACGAGACAUCAUCAGCCUCUUUUAAGUCCUCUCAGGAGCCUGCGGUUGUAGUUCAUCCAUCAAAAGUUGCUCCACUCUCUGCACCUUAUGGUUUGUCAGGUGAUUUUGCUGCACACUUGCCUAGCAGCAUCCUCUCUCCUCAAGCACAAGGCUUUUACUAUAGAGGUUAUGAAACCCCCACAGGGGAAUGGGACGAGUAUUCUUCCUACGUCAAUGUUGAAGGAUUGGACAUCAACUCUCCUGUUGGCUUCAAUGAGAAUGCUUCUCUAGUCUACCAAACAGGAUAUGGAUACAACCCUCAGAUGCCAUACGGACCAUACUCCCCUGCUGCAACUCCCUUACCUUCUGAGGCCCAGCUGUAUUCUCCGCAGCAGUUUCCGUUUUACCAGCAGGUAGUUCCUCCCAGCAUGCAAUAUAUUUCUUCCCCAACUCAGCCAGACCUCACCAGCCUCGUUGACCAACAAGGUGGUGAUAACAUAGGACCACCACCACCACGACCGUCCUACCAACCUCACCCUAUUGGACCGUUUAAUGGAAACCAGACAAACCUUGGUUUCCCUGAGUGGCAGCAAGGUUUUGACGGGGGGAUAUGGUCUGAUUGGUCCAAGCCUUCUGAUAUGCACAGACAUUCUUCUCCUUUUUCGCCCGCUUUGUCUCCUCAGCCACUUGGUUCGUUUGGAUCAUAUGGCCACAACAUUCCCAUGGGGUCACAGAGACAGGGAUCAUUUUACGGUCGUGGCCAAGGCUCUAACUAUGGGAGUAGACUAAAUUCUUAUGUGGGUAUGGGGAACCAAGGCUGGAUUGGCGUUGACAACACUCGAGGGCGUGGAAGGGUUAGUGAUCCAUCCAUUGGUGGGGGUUAUAAUGGUAACUAUGAUAUCCUCAACGAGCAGAACCGAGGACCAAGGGCUUUGAAGCCCAAGGCUCAGGUCUCAGAGGAGCUUGAUUCUUCUGCUGAUACUAAGAAAAAUAGCAAUGGCAGUCCCAAAGAGGAAGCCAACAACAACAAUAAUCCUGAUUUUGUCACUGACUACAGUGACGCUAAGCUCUUCAUAAUCAAGUCUUACAGUGAAGACAACGUGCACAAGAGCAUCAAAUACAAUGUGUGGGCUAGCACUCCUAACGGCAACAAAAAGCUUGACGCUGCUUACCGUGAGGCCAAGGAUCAGAAAGAACCGUGCCCAGUGUUUCUUCUGUUCUCUGUAAACGCUAGCUCUCAGUUCUGUGGAGUAGCGGAGAUGAUAGGACCUGUGGAUUUUGAGAAGAGCGUUGAUUACUGGCAACAAGACAAAUGGAACGGACAGUUCCCGGUGAAGUGGCACAUCAUCAAAGAUGUUCCAAACAGUCAGUUCCGCCACAUUAUAUUGGAAAACAAUGACAAUAAGCCUGUGACGAACAGUCGAGACACUCAAGAAGUGAAACUAGAACAAGGCAUUGAGAUGCUGAAGAUUUUCAAGAACUAUGAUGCUGAGACUUCAAUCUUGGAUGAUUUUGGGUUUUAUGAAGAGAGGGAGAAGAUAAUACAAGAACGGAAGGCAAGAAGACAGCCAAGCUUGCCAUCUGCAGGAGGAGGAGGAGAAAACGAACAUAAACCUGCGGCUGCUGCUGCAUUGCAGACAGACUUCAUCAAGAACAUGUCUAAAAGUUUUGCUCAAGUCGUCCGCUUGGAGGAGGGAAGCAAAGAAGCAGGGAAGGCAAAUUCAUCUCCAGAUGCAAUCACAGCAACAUUAGCAGUCUCUUCUGGUUAAUCCAACUACUAGGUGGUGGGUAUUCAAAUGGGAUUUUAAGUCUGGCCUGGUCUGGUUUUUGUGUAAAGUAAGCUUCUUUUCGAUGGGGUAUUUAAGCCAUUUUGAUUCAUUUCCCUCUUUUCAAAGUUAUGUAUUCUCUCUCUCUUUGGGGUUUGAUAGAAGAAGAAGAAGAAGAUGAUGUAUCAAAGACAAUAUAAAUGUUGCUCUUGUAAAGUAGCUUCAUAUGUCUUUGCAGGCAAUAUUUAAUAAUGAUGCAGAUUAAACCCAUCAAUCAAAGCUCUCAGAUUUUGUUUU